AUGCUACGAAAUGUUGGAGCUUACGAGCAAUUCAGUGUUUCAUCAAUAUCACCAUUGCAGGAUGACACACCUGUGGUCUCACUGUUGGAGGAAUCAAGUAAUGCGACACUCCUUGAUCUACAGUUGAACGGGGACGAUCUGGCAACCAUUUGGCUUGAAGAUGGCAUCACUAAAGUUCUUGAUCAGGUGGACUGGACUUUUGAAUGGAUGAAUGAGCAAUUACCGGUGACAAGCCCGGUCAUACCACCAGAUUCAAGUGAAUUCCUAACUACGCUUUGUACGGAAUGCUACUUCCAAGUGAACGUUGGAGCUAGAGGUAGACCAUCUUUGAUAGCCACCAAAUCUUCACUUGUUCUGGAAAAACGUGACCGAAUGCAUCUCCGAGUAGUCAAUCCGAAUCGAAACUUAACCUCAGUAUUUGUAUCGUUCGUUCUGACUGUUCAAGCAGAAAUGCGGCCUUCAUUCGAUGGAGGCAUCCUGAGAACCUUAGUUCAACUAUUGGACACUCACAUAGAAAUGGAAGUGGGAGCAUUUCCAAAAACCUGAGGUAUCUUUAUGCAAGAUCUCAUGAGGGGUAUGAUCAUGGAUAUGCUGUGACCGGAAAUCAAAAAUGCUAUCGAAGAACUCAGCUAUGGAAAAGGAGUUCGCAUAUCGCGCGCUUGUGGUGUUGAUCCCAAUGAAAUCAGCCUAGACACUGGUGAAGAAAACUUCGCUUUGACAUCGCGACUAGAACUACAGCAUUUAGAUAUGGACAAAUGCUUGAAGGAUCUGAAAAGUUCAUUGCCAAGCACAUCUAAGAUUUUUCAAAAAAUAGAACGAUAAUAAAUGCUAGC